GUGUUCAUUUCAGGAAGAAACAAGCAACAUUUUACCCUCGGCUGCUAGCUUGUUACCUCCAACGUUUCAGCGUUGGGACAACAUUUCGAAACAGCUGGUUGUUAGCCAAAGCACAUUUUCUAUGUAGUCAGCGGCCGCACGGAUUAACCAACGGUUAGGGACCAAAGAAUAUGGACUGGACGGUGAACAGUCGGGCUCUGGUGUGCUUCUUAGCGCUGCUUUGCUACUUUUCUCUGCCUCAGACGGCUGUUUGCAGCACCAGCACCGUUUCCCUCCCUGAAAGUCUGCUCUUCGUCUCCACCUUGGAUGGAAAUUUGCAUGCCGUUAACAAGAAAUCAGGCUCUAUCAAAUGGACUUUGAAAGAAGAUCCAGUUCUUCAGGUCCCCACGCAUGUCGCUGAGCCAGCAUUUCUGCCAGAUCCCAACGAUGGCAGCUUGUACUCUUUAGGAGGAAAGAACAACGAAGGCCUCACAAAACUGCCGUUUACCAUCCCAGAGUUGGUGCAAGCAUCUCCCUGUCGCAGUUCAGAUGGAGUCCUUUACAUGGGGAAAAAGCAGGACUUGUGGUAUGUGGUGGACCUGCUAACCGGUGAAAAACAGCAGACUCUGACAUCCUCCUUUGCUGAGAUGCUCUGUCCCUCCUCAUCUCUUCUGUAUCUGGGACGCACAGAAUAUACCAUCACCAUGUAUGACACCAAGAGCAGGGAGCUGCGCUGGAACGCCACCUACUCCGAUUACGCCUCCACCCUUCCCGAUGACGACACCAAAUACAAAAUGGCUCAUUUUGUGUCCAACGGGGACGGCCUGGUGGUCACCGUGGACAGUGAAACCGGAGACGUUCAGUGGGUGCAGAACUACAACUCCCCGGUGGUGGCCAUUUACAUCUGGCAGCGGGAGGGUCUCCGGAAGGUUCCCCACACUAACGUUGCUGUGGAGACCCUGCGUUACCUCACCUUCAUGUCUGGAGAGGUUGGCCGCAUCACCCGCUGGAAAUAUCCCUUUCCAAAGGAGAACAAGCCCAAGAAUAAAUUUAUGGCCACUUUGUAUGUGGGCAAGUACUCCACAAGCCUGUAUGCAUCUCCAUCGUUGGUGCACGAUGGAGUUACAGUGGUGCCACGUGGCAGCACGUUUCCCCUGCUGGAAGGCCCCGAUAGCCAGGAGAUAGAGGAGGACAAGGAGUGUUUCAUUACGCCCAGCACCAGCGUAAAAUUCAACGCUGCCCUUCGUGAGCGAAAUCGGAUCAACUACAUGAGAAACUACCUGCUUCUCAUAGGUCAUCACGAAACUCCACCAGAGGCUCAAAAUAAAAACCUGGAGUUCCCCAACAGUUUUUCUCGCAAUCAAGGAAAUGUCAUCCCACCCACCACUGACAAGAAAGUAGAGGAGAAAGUGAACGACAGUGGUAUGGAUUCCGGUUCACCUUCAGCGCUACCAAAAACAUCAAUUCAAGAGCCUGGGGUCAGCGGGCGCACCAUCCGUCCUGAAGCCCCAGUGGACUCGAUGCUCAAAGACAUGGCCACCGUCAUCUUCUCCACUUUCCUUUUUGCCGGCUGGGUAGCCUUCAUCAUCAUAUACCCCAAAAGCGUUCACAGGCAGCAGCAGCUGCAGCACCAGGAGUUCCAGAGGCAGAUGGAGGAGAGGCUGGAGCUGCUCCAAAGGCAGCAGCCCUUCUCCCCAGCAGACGUGACUCCUGACGGGGACUACCUCGACGUGGCCCGCACUAGAUCUGACUGCUCUGACAACAGCAGCCCCAACAUCACCCCGCGCGCAUCCAAUCACUCCAACUUGUCUGUUUCUGAGCUGGGGAUCUCGACUAAUGAGACUGAAGAUGGAGAAGAUGAUUCCACCAUUGUCAGAGUGGGCAACAUAACCUUCCACCCCAAACAAGUGUUAGGGCACGGAGCUGAAGGGACUAUUGUGUACAAGGGUCAGUUUGACAACCGUCCAGUGGCAGUUAAGAGGAUUCUCCCAGAAUGCUUCAGCUUUGCAGAUCGAGAGGUUCAGCUGCUGAGGGAAUCUGACGAGCACCCGAACGUCAUCCGAUACUUCUGCACCGAGAGAGACCGUCAGUUCCAGUACAUCGCCAUCGAGCUGUGUGCUGCCACCCUUCAGGAGUAUGUGGAGAGGAAAGACUGUAACCGUCAUGGACUGGAGCCUGUCAUGGUUCUGCAGCAGACCAUGUCAGGACUGGCUCAUUUGCAUUCUCUCAACAUUGUUCACAGAGACCUAAAGCCUCACAAUAUUUUGGUGUCCAUGCCCAACGCACACGGCAGAGUCCGGGCUAUGAUCUCAGACUUUGGCUUGUGCAAGAAGCUGGCAGUGGGACGCCACAGUUUCAGCAGGAGGUCUGGGGUUCCUGGCACUGAGGGCUGGAUUGCCCCAGAGGUUCUCAGUGAGGAUUGUCAACACAACCCUACUUGCGCUGUCGAUAUCUUCUCUGCUGGAUGCGUCUUCUACUACGUGGUGUCCCAAGGAAGCCACCCAUUUGGGAAGUCUCUGCAGAGACAAGCUAACAUACUGCUGGGAGCAUACAGCAUCGACCACCUGCAAAGUGACAAACACGAGGACAUUGUCGCCAGAAACCUGAUAGAACAGAUGCUGAGCAUGGAUCCCCACAAGAGGCCUUCAGCGGAAAGUGUUCUCAAACACCCGUUCUUCUGGAGUCUGGAAAAAGAGCUGCAGUUCUUUCAGGAUGUGAGUGAUAGAAUUGAAAAGGAACCUCUGGAUGGACCAAUCGUGAGGCAGCUGGAGAGAGGUGGGAGGGCUGUUGUUAAAGGUGACUGGAGGGAGCAUAUCACCGUACCACUGCAGACAGAUCUUCGAAAAUUCCGUUCCUAUAAAGGAGGCUCGGUCAGAGACCUGCUGCGUGCAAUGAGAAACAAGAAACACCAUUACAGAGAAUUGCCUGCUGAGGUCCAGGAGACUCUGGGCUCCAUCCCGGAUGACUUUGUCUUUUACUUUACGUCCCGUUUUCCUCACCUGCUCAUGCACACCUACCUGGCCAUGCGGACCUGUGCUUCAGAGAGGCCAUUCCUGCCUUAUUACUCCAUUGCGGAGCAGCAUUUUAAAACACAAAGCCAGGGUUUACACCAUGAUUCCCAUCAUGCAUCACAAAGACAAAAUGAGCCAUGCUCUCAGAACCUGCCAACCCACACUUUACUACCUUUGUUACAAGCUCAGGACCCUUCAGAUUCAUCAGCAUCCGAUCCAGUAUGUCAGACAACAGUCUCUGAAUCAUCGCUCUCAUCACCAGAUGAGCAUCUUUCCACACAACCUCCAGUUCAGGCGGUGCUGCCGCUGGAGCUGACACAGCCAACAGAGACCAUCUCGCACAGUCAAAUGGUGAAUCCCACCUUUGCCUCAGAACCGCCUACAGUUCCUCUCAGGUAAAAAGAACCGGGACAGCUGUGCAAGCUAACACUGGCUGACUCCUGCUGUCGGACCAUGAACUAAUCUACACCUGAGUGGAUAAAGCACAGAAAGAGGUGUAGCCUUUGAAGAGUUGAAGACUUGUGGGAGUCGGCUGCUGUGCUGCGAGCUGGUGGGGACCAGGCCUGCAGUGCCUGGAAUCCACUGGCAGGUGCAGCAGCUGAAUAAAGUGCCUUCUGCUGAUCCGAGUCAAAAGGAUUCCCAGCACAAGUCUGUCCAGUUGUUCGCCCCCAAAAAGUCACACAACCAACAGGGUGUUUUGACUUUGUAGCUGAACUGAGCAAAAAAAUAUGUGGUGUCAAAGAGGUAUUUGUCAAAAAAAAUCUCUGCUUUCUACAGUGUCCUUUAUAUUGUUUAAGACAUGGGUUGCUUUUAUUGUGCAAUGUUGUGCAUUUCUCAGUGAUUCUAUUUCCUGCACAGAUACUGUAUGUAUAGUUUUCUAUGAACUGAUUCCACAUGUGGAUCAUGAAUCUCUUAAUGUGGCCAGUGUGCCUUUUUUUAAGAAAUUAUCUCUGUGCUUUUGGGUACGGCUCUUUAAAAUAGACUAUGCUAAAUGUGCUUGAUUCCAGUUUAUGCUGCUAGACUAUUUUCAAAUGUUUAAAUCAUAUCCUUCAAGCUGACUUGACAAGAGUGGGCUGUUCCAAAGGGUGUUUGUGUUGGCAUCUGAAUGCAUUGAAUAAUUAAAUCAUGUUUAUGUCAAAUAUAAGUUAGAAGUGAAGCCACAAAAUGCUCUUGUAUAAUGACUUUUAAAAAGUGUCAAAGUGAAGUUAAUGAAUUGCACAUUAAAUUCUAUUUUCCUUUUUUUACUCAUA